CGCCUCUCUCAUUCCAACACCCACUCUGAUAUCUUUCUUCAGUUUUUUGCACCCUCUUUUGAGAAGGCCUCCCACGGAUACCAAUUAUAGGUUUUGUAGAUCCAUUAAUGGCAAAAAAACGAGCCAUUGAAGGUCAUGCAUGCUGAUGCGGUGGUUGAAGACUCAGUCGAUGCCUCCAGUUGGCCCAACGUCCCUGAUUCUGAAGAUCAGGUGACAUCACCUAGGGUUGAAGACAACGCCGAAGGAGGGUGGAAUGGUGAUGGCGAGAAGAGAGGUUUACAACAGGGAUUGGGACCUAAGGCCAUUCCAUCUGCCGUUGAUGAAUUUCUUGCCAUUUACCUACGUCCAGUGGAUACAAUCGGUGUGGAUUACGUUCUGCCUGCCCGUGCUCAUCACAUUCCAGAUCCGCAUGUAAAACGUCGUAUUGAUGAAAUGAUUGUUGAAUUGCUACCUAUUCCAAAAAAACGGAGCCCAAUAGGGUUAAUUGUAAAGGUUGUACCGGUUGGACUUUUCACAUUUCCGAGGCGAGUCUCCUCAUAUACUCGCAUCCUCUCGUCUCACCUCUUUCAAGUUCCAAAGCUUUGCAGUUCGGCCAUAUCCAAUUCCUCUCAAGCCUAUAGUGUUCUACUUCUGUGAAUCUAUGAGUCUGUGAGAUAUCUCCCUGCUUUAUAGUGUUCUACUACUCUGGCUCACCGCUUCCAAACUUUUGAUCGAGUUCGAACUUUCUGAGUAUCGGAAGUCUAAAGUCCUUCAUCAUCCAG